UGUUACUUGCGGUCAUACCAGUUUAAUGACGCAAUUACCUUUAUCGUUGGUCCAAUGUCCUUGGUUGGCCUUUCAAUUUCAUCAGUGUCUGUGGCUAUUUAGCUGCACUUCCACCAAAGACAAGAAUGAACCGGUCACUAGUCGGUAAGGUGGCUAUAGUAGUGGGAGCAUCCAGGGGGAUUGGUAAGGGCAUCGCCUUACAACUUGCAGAGGUCGGGGCUACAGUCUACAUAACAGGUCGGACGCUGCUGCCCGAUGGUCGGGGUACGUCACUUACAGACUGUGCGGAGGAGAUAAAGAAAAGAGGAGGACGCGCUAUUCCGAUUCAGUGUGAUCUAGAGAAAGACGACGAGGUCAAAGAGCUCUUUGAGAGGGUGUCGAGGGAACAAAAUGGCCGCUUGGACAUCGUGGUUAACAGCGCGUUCAGCUCAGCUCAGGAACACCUCGAUAAUAUGGGGGAGCGGAAAAGUUUUUGGGAUUUGCCGUUGGAACCAUGGACGCAAAACAUCAACGUGGGAGUAAGGGGCUACUACACCUGUACUGUAUACGCUGCCCGGCUGAUGGUACCGGCUCGGACAGGGCUCAUUGUCAACAUGUCCUCUGAGGCAGGACUCACAUACCUGUAUGGCUUUACCCCGAGCUAUUGCGUAAGCAAGAUGGCGGCGGACCGACUAGCAUCUGACUGUGCGCAGGAGUUGAGAGAACAUGGCGUGACCUGCCUCUCCCUGUGGCCCGGCGCUACUCGAACAGAGCGUGUCAUGGAAUGGGUGACAAAUCUGCCUGGUGAUGAAACAUCACCUAACUCAGUUCAUAAGAACAGAGUCAUGUUGAACUCUGAGAGCAACGAGUACGCCGGGAAAACCAUCGUCCAUCUUGCCUCAGACCCUGACAUCAUGAAGAAAUCGGGGAGAAUUUUCACCACCGGUGACCUGGCUGAUGCGUACGGCUUUAAAGACAUCGAUGGCCGGUCUCCCCCCGAUUUUGUCCGCCGCCUGAGGGACCGACUGUCACUGAAGGGUUACACAAGACUGGCUGCCUGGGUACCAUCUUUUGUCAAGAUCCCCAACUGGAUGCUUUAUGCAUACUACCAGCUUCUGUAGCCUGUGUUAGAACACUAGCCAGACAGUGGUAUCUAACACCAAAUCUGAAGUGCAGUUAUUGUAAAUGAAUAAUGCACACUGAAACGAUACAACUUACCAUUAAUGAACUACAUGUAUAAUCAAAAUUAUUACAGCUGUUACACAAAUUAUCAUGGAUUCACAUACAUCAUUUUUGACAAUAGCCUGUACCUCCAAAAAUAGUCUCAUCAGGUUGGUAGAACAUAGGAUAUUUUUAAACAACAGGAAAGACUCUCACUUUGCUUACAUUUCAGUGUCUAUCAGACCGAAACGUAAGCAAGGUGAGAGUCUUCCCUAGUUUUGGAAGAGAAAUCCCAAUAUCCUGCCACUGCUAGCCUCCUUUCGCAGUCUUGUUGGGCGUCGGCGUUUUUUUCUCUGAGCGACGUGAGUAAUAUGCGUCCGCGAGGGACGAUUUGCUGCCGAGGGAGU